AUGCCUGUGUUCGCAGGUUGUAUUCGCAGUGAGUCCAUCGAGGAACUUCGAGAGCUUUCGAAAAACUGCAGGACUCCUAUUGACGCAUUCCUUAUGGACGUUUCAAGCGAUCAAAGUUUACACGGUCUGGUGAACAACGCUGGCAUACUGGGCAAAGAGUUCUUCGACGACUUUUUGACAGUUGACGACUACAAGGCGGUGGCUGAAGUGAACGCAUGGGGCGUGAUUCGAGUCACACAAGCGAUGAAGCCCCUAGUGAAAAAA